CCCAGCAGCAUUUCUACGAUUCCCGCCAACUUCCUAAAAAGCUUCACCCAUACUGAAAAUUGUGUCAAACAUGUGUCUAUUCUCACGACCAGAAUACGACGUCGAGUUCGCAACUCGCACCGCGCCACGGCGCAAGACAACAACAAGAACCUAUGUUGCGACGACGACGACGAUGCGGCCCGUGACGCGCAUCUCCGAGACUGUGAUCCGGGAGCAGCGCGCGGCCGCCGCGCAAUACGUACCAGCUCCAGCGCCAGUCCCGCGACCUGCGACGCCGCCGAAAAUGAUCCGCGCGCCAUCUCCACCGCCGCCGCCGGCGCCGCGCGUAGAACUCGUGAGCGUGAGCGUAGAGGAGGAUAGAGCGGCGGGGAGUCCGAGGGAGAGUCGGACGUCGGUCGUGGAUAAGAGGAGUCGGCGCGGGAGUCGAGCGGGCGCGGGCGAGGAGGACGUGUGGAUAGAGAGGGAGAGGGUGCGGCUUACUACUAGUCCGAGUCCGAGACCGAGGGAGAGGGACGAAUAUGAUACGUAUCGAUAUGUGCCGGCGCCGAGGAAUGAGCCUAGUCCGAGGACGUCAACGAGGACGGUGGAAAGGGAGAGGGAGAGGGUUUAUAUUGAGGAUGGGGGAAGGAGGAGGGAGUAUUAUCGGAGGGGCUAGGUAGGGGGUGCAUUGUGAAUGUGGGAACUCUCUGAAUUCAGCGAUUUGUG